CUAACUCAACUUGAUUACAAACUGAAACAAAACAAGUUCGGAGGAAAGAAGAUGGCUACUUCUGAACAAUCUCCAUCGUACAACGUCUUCGUCUACGGCAGUUUCCAGGAGCCAGCCGUUGUGAGUUUGAUCCUAGAGUUCACUCCUGUCAUCGUCUCCGCUCAACUCCAUGGCUUUCAUCUUUACCGACUCAAAGGACGUUUGCAUCCUUGUAUUGCUCCAUUUGAGUCUGGAUUAGUCAACGGCAAGGUACUAACUGGAUUAACAGAAGCUCAGUUGAAGAAUUUAGAUAUGAUUCAAGGAGCUGAAUACGUGAGGAAGACUGUUGAGGUUGUAUUAACUGAGACAUCCGAGAAGAUGGAAGUGGAAGCUUUAAUUUGGGCCAACAAGGAUGAUCCAGACAUGUAUGGAGAAUGGGAUUUCGAGGAAUGGAAGCGGCUUCACAUGGAUAAAUUCAUAGAGGCGUCGAAGAAAUUCAUCGAAUGGAAGAAGAAUCCAGAUGGCAAAACAAGGGAAGAGUUUGAGAAAUUUGUACACGAGGAUCCUCCUGUGGCGUGAAGACCUUGUCUGCCUUUUCUUGAUAUCUAAUCGUUUACUCCAAAAUAAAAAGGUCUCUCACUUCAUGUGCAAUAAGAUUAUAAGUUCUACUACAUGAACAUUGACUUGCAUAAUAUCUUAUCAUUUCUAAUCAUUAUAUGUCAUCAA